ACUGGAAAAGGGGAAAACAUGAGACAGAUUCUGAUACCCUUCCCCUUCUUCUUCGCUCUCUCACUUGAGCUCGACAGAGGGGUAUUUCUCGGAGUGAAACCGGCUUCGUCCGACCUCCGAUUGCCGUGAUUUUUGUUGCUAAAUGUUCUCAUCAUUCCCCUCUACAUCGCUUAGUGAUCAUUCGCUCCGGUUUGCCACUUCACGCUGCUGAUUUUAGCUCCAAAAUUUCUUCAAAUUCCGGCCACUGUGAGUUUGACCGGCAAUUUGGGUCACUUCCGCCCAUCUUUCAGGAAAUGGACCCAAUAAGAGGAAGAGGAAGAGGAAGAUGCAUAGGCCGCCGAGGCAGAAGUAGAGCCGGAGCUUUACCACAGACAGAGGUUGUUUCAGAGGUUCCGGAAGAUUUUGAGCAGGAGCCGGAAGUUUCGCAUGAGGCAACACCUGUGCCUACCGUGCCGUUGGAUGUGCAUACGACGAAGUUGUUUGUUGAGUUCUUACGGGCCAGAGGAUAUGGAGUUGCUCCACCUGCUUCUGGGGAUCCUCCAUUGCCUGAACAUGUUACUAAUUUUCGAUUGUGUGCAUUGAUCAUUGAGCUCAAGACACUAGGAGCUCAACCUUUCUUUGGGGAGAGUGAUUUCAUGAUGGCGGAUUACUGGAUUCGUGACCUGAAGAACUGCUUUAGUAUAAUCGAAAUCACAAGUGUGGAAAAAAGGAAGGUAGCCGUUUUUCUCUUACAAAAGGAGGCACGUGUGUGGUGGGAUACUGUGGUCAAAUCCAAGGAUGAGACCGAGAUGGAUUGGGAAGAGUUUGAGGCUCUCUUUUAUGAUAAGUACUUUCCUGAUGUUGUGAAAAAUGAGCUACAACAUGAGUUCCUCGAACUUAAACAGGGGUCCCUAACUGUAAGGGAAUAUGCGUUCAGAUUCUAUCAGUUGCUUCGAUUUGCACCGGAGUUUGAUGAGGAGUAUACAGCUCAUCGGUUUGAGGAGGGAUUGGCUGAUCAUAUCAGCAUAUAUGUGGUUCGCUCAACACACAAGACCUUAGUUGAGGCGGUACACUGUGCCAUGGCAGUCGAGAAUAGUAUUGAGCCGUACAGACUGUACCAGGAUGAACGAAGAGACUAUAAGGGCAAAGGGAAGACAUCAUCUCAGAGUAGCUAUGACUCGGGUAAACAUGGUGGUAUUAGAAAGAAACAGAGAACGACAAUUCUGUAUGAAGACAUCACAGUUGCAUCUGGUCAACAAGGUGGGCUAGGGGAGUGUUACCAUUGUGGUGGAGCUGGACAUAUGGCUAGAGAUUGUAUUAAUCGCAGUGCUCGUGUAUGUUACACAUGCAGUCAGCCGGGGCAUAUUGCUAAAAAUUGCACUCAGGGGCAGACCUGAGUGUUCACUGGGUGGCAGAGAAAUGAGGAAGUGGAAGUCAUGUUGACUAUUGUUAAUAGUUUUGUUGAAGUGUUGUUUGAUACUGGAGAAUCAUGUUCAUUCAUUUCUUAGUUUAACAUAAGAACACUUGACACGUGAUCAAUUUAACAUAAGAUUAAAUGGUCAAAUUCACAGAAUAUA